GGCGUCAGAGCGUCCUAGGUCAAGCGGGAAAGUCGAAAACCAAGGGAAGCAACUGGCGGCCCCCAGGAAGUAAUAUAAGUGUAGAAGACAUUGGUCAAAAUGGUUUCCAAAAGAAGUCGGUUAGAUUCUGGGGACAAAGAAACCCUGACAGAAGAUGCCUCCAAAAUCAUGAAACAACCCCUUUCCAAGAUGGCAAAGAAGUCUCAUGAUUCUCAUGAAGCUGAAGACAAUGGCAGUGUCUUUGUAAGGCUUCUUAAGGCAUCAGGUCUUACUCUUAAAACCGGAGAGAACCAAAAUCAGCUAGGUGUGGAUCAGAUAAUCUUCCAAAGGAAGCUCUUUCAGGCCUUGAGGAAACAUCCUUCUUAUCCCAAAGUAAUAGAAGAGUUUGUUAAUGGCCUGGAGUCCUACACUGAGGACAGUGACAGUCUCAGGAACUGCCUGCUGCCUUGUGAGCGCCUGCAGGAUGAGGAAGCCAGCAUGGGCACGUUUUACUCCAAGAGUCUGAUCAAGCUACUUCUGGGGAUUGACGUUUUACAGCCUGCCAUUAUCAAAAUGUUAUUUGAAAAAGUGCCUCAGUUUCUUUUUGAAAGCGAGAGCAAAGAUGGAAUCAGCAUGCCCCGACUCAUCAUUAGUCAACUAAAGUGGCUGGAUAGAAUUGUGGAUAGCAAGGACCUCACAGCCCAGAUGAUGCAGCUGAUCAGUGUUGCUCCAGUGAACUUACAGCAUGACUUCAUCACCAGCCUUCCUGAGAUCCUAGGGGAUUCCCAGCAUGCUAAUGUGGGGAAAGAGCUCAGCGAGCUGCUGGUGCAGAAUACUUCAUUGACUGUUCCGAUUUUGGAUGUCUUUUCCAGUCUCCGACUUGACCCAAACUUCCUGUCUGAGAUCCGCCAUUUGGUGAUGGGCAAGCUGUCGUCUGUCCGUCUAGAGGAUUUACCUGUGAUAGUAAAGUUCAUUCUUCACUCUGUAACAGACACCACUUCACUUGAGGUGAUUGCUGAGCUUCGGGAGAGGUUAAACGUCCAGCAUUUUAUUCUGCCAUCAAGAGUUCAGGCUUCCCAAAGCAAGUUGAAAAGUAAAGGACUAGCAAGCUCCUCAGGAAAUCAAGAAAACAGUGAUAAAGACUGUAUUGUUCUCCUCUUUGAUGUAAUAAAGUCAGCCAUUAGAUAUGAGAAAACCAUUUCAGAAGCCUGGAUUAAGGCAAUUGAACGCAUUAAGUCGGCAGCUGAGCAUAAGGCUUUGGACGUGGCAAUGCUGCUCAUCAUUUACAGCACCAGCACGCAGACAAAGAAGAGCGCUGAGAAGCUGCUGAGAAACAAGAUUCAGUCGGGCUGCAUUCAGGAGCAGCUGCUUGACAGUACGUUCUCCACACAUGACUUGGUUCUGAAGGAUAUUUGCCCAUCUAUUCUUUUGCUGGCUCAGACUUUGUUUCACUCUCAAGACCAGAGGAUAAUUUUAUUUGGCAGUCUUCUAUACAAAUAUGCUUUUAAGUUUUUUGAUGCUUACUGCCAGCAGGAAGUGGUUGGCGCCCUAGUCACCCAUGUCUGCAGUGGGAACGAGGCUGAGGUGGAGACUGCAUUGGAUGUCCUCCUUGAGCUGAUUGUACUAAACGCCUCUGCUAUGAGGCUCAAUGCUGCUUUCAUUAAGGGCAUUUUAGAUUAUUUGGAAAAUAUGUCCCCUCAGCAAAUACGAAAAAUCUUCUGUAUUCUCAGCACUCUAGCAUUUAGCCAACGGCCCGGAACCAGCAACCAUAUCCAGGAUGACAUGCACCUGGUGAUCCGAAAGCAGCUCUCUAGCACUGUGUUCAAGUACAAACUCAUCGGGAUCAUUGGUGCGGUCACCAUGGCUGGUAUCAUGGCAGAAGACAGAAGUGUAUCGUCUAAUUCAACCCAGAAGAGUGCCAGUGUGAGCAGUGAACAGCACACACAGGUGACUUCUUUGCUACAACUGGUUCAUUCUUGCACCGAGCACUCUCCUUGGGCCUCUUCUCUUUAUUAUGAUGAGUUUGCCAACCUGAUCCAAGAAAGAAAGUUGGCUCCAAAAACUUUGGAAUGGGUUGGGCAGACCAUCUUUAAUGAUUUCCAAGAUGCCUUUGUGGUGGACUUCUGUGCCGUUCCGGAAGGUGACUUUCCAUUUCCUGUGAAACCGCUCUAUGGACUGGAAGAAUACAGCACUCAAGAUGGCAUUGUCAUCAACCUCCUGCCACUGUUCUAUCAGGAAUUUGCAAAAGAUGUCAGUCAAGUGACUUCACAAGAAUCAAGCCAGAGAUCAAUGUCUUCUUUGUGCCUGGCUUCCCAUUUCCGGCUGCUGAGACUUUGUGUGGCAAGACAACAUAACGGAAACUUGGAUGAGAUCGAUGGCCUCUUAGAUUGUCCCCUGUUCCUCCCUCACCUGGAACCUGGAGAGAAACUGGAGUCCAUGUCUGCCAAAGACCGUACCCUUAUGUGUUCACUCACAUUUCUAACUUUCAACUGGUUCAGAGAGGUUGUGAAUGCCUUCUGCCAACAGACAUCUCCCGAGAUGAAGGGCAAGGUUCUUAGUCGGCUAAAGGAUCUUGUGGAACUUCAGGAAAUCCUAGAAAAGUACUUGGCAGUCAUCCCAGACUAUGUCCCGCCUUUCGCAAGCGUUGAUUUGGACACUUUAGAUAUGAUGCCUUGGAGCAGUUCUGCUGUUGCAGCAAAAAACAGAAACAAGGGAAAGACGGGGGGAAAGAAACAAAAAGCUGACAGCAGCAAAGCAUCCUGCACGGACACACUUCUUACAGAAGAUACUUCAGAAUGUGACGUGGUGCCAUCUGGGAGAAACCAAGUAGACAAGGAGUCCACGGGGAAGGAAGGAAAGACAUUUGUGUCACUGCAGAAUUACCGUGCUUUUUUCCGAGAGCUGGACAUUGAGGUCUUCUCUAUUCUACAUUCUGGACUUGUGACCAAGUUCAUCUUAGACACUGAAAUGCACACUGAAGCUACAGAGGUUGUACAGCUUGGGCCUGCUGAGCUGCUUUUCUUGCUGGAAGAUCUUUCCCAGAAGCUAGAGAAUAUGCUGACUCCUUCCUUUGCCAAGAGAAUCUGCUUCUUUAAGAAUAAAGGAAGCCGGAAUAUUGGAUUCUCACAUCUUCAUCAGAGAUCUGUUCAGGACAUUGUACAUUGUGUUGUUCAACUGCUAACCCCGAUGUGUAACCAUCUAGAGAACAUUCACAACUUCUUCCAGUGCUUAGGUGCUGAGAAUGUCAGUGUGGAUGACAAGGAGAGAGUGACAGCUCAGGAGCAGCACACCAUGGCCUCCUGCUACCAGAAGCUGCUGCAGGUCUUGCAUGCACUCUUUGCGUGGAAGGGAUUUACUCACCAAUCAAACCACCGACUCCUGCACUCAGCCCUUGAGGUCCUCACAGGCCGACUAAAGCCGAUGGAACAGGAACAGCCCUUGGAGGAACUGGUCAGCCAGAGCUUCAAUUACUUGCAGAAUUUCCACCACAGCAUUCCCAGUUUCCAGUGUGGUAUUUAUCUUCUCAGACUUUUGAUGGCCCUUCUGGAGAAGUCCGCAGUACCUACCAAGAAGAAAGAAAAACUUGCCUCUCUGGCCAAACAGCUGCUUUGUCGAGCAUGGCCUCAUGGGGAAAAAGAGAAGAACCCCACUUUUAAUGACCACCUGCAUGAUUUGCUUUGCAUCUACUUGGAGCACACAGACAAUGUUCUGAAGGCCAUAGAGGAGAUUACUGGUGUUGGUGUCCCAGAACUGGUCAAUGCUCCAAAAGAUGCCUCUUCCUCUACAUUCCCCACGUUGACCAGGCACACCUUUGUCAUAUUCUUCCGUGUGAUGAUGGCUGAACUCGAGAAGACGGUGAAAGGUCUUCAGGCUGGGACAGCAACAGAUUCACAGCAGGUUCACGAAGAGAAACUCCUCUAUUGGAACAUGGCUGUCCGAGACUUCAGCAUCCUUAUCAAUCUGAUGAAAGUAUUUGACAGUUAUCCUGUUCUGCAUGUGUGUUUAAAGUAUGGCCGUCGCUUUGUGGAGGCAUUUCUGAAGCAGUGUAUGCCACUCCUCGACUUCAGCUUUAGAAAGCAUCGGGAAGAUGUUCUGAGCUUGCUGCAAACCCUUCAGUUGAACACGAGGCUACUUCAUCAUCUUUGUGGACACUCCAAGAUUCACCAGGACACAAGACUCACCAAACAUGUGCCUUUACUCAAAAAGUCACUGGAGCUGUUAGUUUGCAGAGUCAAAGCCAUGCUUGUCCUCAACAAUUGUAGAGAGGCUUUCUGGUUGGGUACUCUCAAAAACAGAGACUUACAGGGCGAAGAAAUUAUUUCUCAGCAUUCCUCUUCUCCAGAGAGCACUGCAGAGGACAGUGAGGAUGGCAUGACAUCCUACGUCUCCAGGAACAGAGCAACAGAGGAUGGGGAAGAUGAAGCAACUGAUGGGCAGAAGGACCAGGACAGUGAUGAAAGUGACGACAGCUCCAGUUAGAGCCGAGCGAGCGAGCGACAGAGCCGCCCUGCUUACCUGGCAGACUCUACUCAUUUUCUCUUUGAGGUUUAAGUCUCGUGUCUGUCUAUCUAUCCAGAAGCAUCCUGUUUGUCCAAAGAAGGGAUGUUUAUUUAAUUCCCCAGUGGAUUUCACAAAUUGUCUAACCUCCAGGUCCCUGGCUCAGGGGUCCAGGGCGGCGUCCGUCAGUGGUUUGGAUGAGCAUGGCUGAGCUGCAGUGUAGGUGCUCUAGCUGGGCCUUGGGGGUUGAAGAUAAAUGUAGGCUUUGUAAAUGAAUUCUGAGUUUUGCCUCAGCUCCCUCUUUCCUCACUUUAGAUCUCUCAUUCUUCAAGGACUAGGGAAGAUUGAGUUGCUGUUUGUGUAAUCAUACUGGUGCCCUAAAAGUGUGUCCCAUAUUAUAUUCCCAGAGGAAUGACUCGACCUUCUUAUCAAUGAUUCUGGCUUGGUUUGUGUCAGGAUCUCUUUACAUAGCCCUGGCUAUUGUGGUUUUAGUUGACCAGGAGAGUCUUGAACAUUACUUUUGAAUUUUUAAACAUUUAUUUUUGUACAUGUGUGUAUGGGCAUAUAUGUGCCGUUGUGCAGAUGUGGAGGUCAGAGGACAACUUAUGGGACUGAGCUCUCUCCUUGAACCAUAUAGGUUCCAGGUUCCAACUCUGGACCUUCACAUGCUUAGCCACCUUACCAGCUCCCUUUCAAAACGCUAGGUUAUUAGUAUAAAAGGAAGGAAGAGAUCAUCAAACAUGUGCUGGCAUUGUAUGUAUAUAUAGUAUUUAUUUCCACAUUAUUCUGAAUUAUGCCUAGAAUCUAUUUGUAAAAAUCAUACAAAAUAAUUGUAGUUUAUUAGAAAUAGAACAUCAGGAGCUAAAAUAGGGGAUUCUUCUGUCUUCUGCCAGGAAGCCCAGUCUCAGAGCUUCUGCCAGGCUCUUUCUUGCUGUGCCAUUAAGAUUAUUUAAUGUUUGUUAAUGUUUUUAC